UCCAAUCGGAAUCCAAAUUGAAAAAGAAAAGAAAAAACUCAGCUGGCGCAAGCUAGUUCUGUCGCACAAUUUUAAACAAAAUUCGGUUUCCGUGAAGUGUUCACAUAUAUUUGCCACACGAUAGAAUACAAACGAAUCCAUAGAAGGCAGACUAAAAAACGGACAAACCCAGAAAAACAGCGAACGGGGCGGAGAAAGUAAAGGAUAAGUGGCGACUGAUUGAUGAUAAGGCAGGCCAGCUGCCGACUUCUUUGGAUCCUGGGCAGAAAAUCGGCGAAAUGUCCACCGCCUUCCUGACGCUGGUCGCCGUUAUUGUCUGCAUCCUUUUCCGGAUACUCAACGUGCACAGCCAACCGCUGAAACCGAGUGUCUGGUGCCUGGACGCACAAUUCCUCGACUGUCUCUACAAGAUUGCACCAGUACUGCGAGAGCCUUACAUUCCACCACGUCUUUGGGGCUUCAGCGGCCAUGUUCAGACCGUUUUGCACAGCAUUGUGGGCCGUGUGAGGUGCCCUUGGCCUCUGGGCGAGCGCGUCUACCUGUCGCUGCUUGAUGGCUCCACUUUAACCUACGACUUGUACCAGCCCAUCAACGAACAAGAAGAUGACAUCACGGUGGCCAUUUGUCCGGGCAUUGCCAACAGCUCCGAGUCGGUGUAUAUUCGCACCUUUGUCCAUUUGGCCCAAUGCAAUGGAUACCGUUGUGCGGUGCUAAAUCACAUUGGAGCCCUGCGAAGUGUCCAGGUGACCUCGACACGGAUUUUCACCUAUGGCCACACCGAGGAUUUUGCCGCCAUGGUGGAGCACUUGCAUCAGAAGUACCGUCAAAGUCGUAUUGUGGCGGUUGGUUUCAGUCUGGGCGGUAAUUUGGUGACCAAAUACAUGGGAGAGGACCAGAAAACAAAGCCCAACAGCGUCAUCGGAGGGAUAUCCAUAUGUCAAGGCUAUAAUGCCGUCGAGGGCACCAAAUGGCUGCUUAACUGGCAGAACUUCCGACGCUUCUACCUAUACAUCAUGACCGAGAACGUAAAGAGCAUUAUCCUAAGACAUCGUCACGUCCUGCUGUCGGACGAAGUGAAGACCCGACACAAUCUAAACGAGCGCGAGAUUAUCGCCGCUGCCACACUACCGGAAUUGGAUGAGGCUUACACAAGGCGUGUCUAUAACUUCUCCUCAACUCAGGAGCUGUACAAGUGGAGCUCGUCGUUGUUCUAUUUUGAUACCAUUAAGAAGCCCAUGAUCUUUAUUAAUGCCAAGGAUGAUCCCCUGAUUCAUGAGGAUUUGCUACUGCCCAUCAAGGAAUUUGCAAUCACUCGUCAAAAUACGGCCUAUGUGGAGGUUGCCCAUGGUGGUCAUCUGGGCUUCUUCGAGGGCGGUUUCUUGUAUCCUAACCCGGUGACUUGGCUGGACCGCACUCUGGUGGCCAUGGUUGGAUCUCUUGUCAUGAUGCACACCGAUGUGGGCAAGGUGGCUUCGUAAGCCUUCGUUUAGUUCGGAAAAUAGCCCCAAAAUCACAGGACUAGUAAAUGCUUUUGUGUCGAAAUUGGAAUAUGUGUCCUCCGAAGGAAUGUAGGAAUGGAGCCCGAACUACACCAUACAUAUAGAUUUAAACAUAUAAUAUUGAUGUGAAGCAAGUAAAAAUUAUCAGUCACGAAUGCAGGAAUCCAACAAAAAUUGAUGUAUACUUUUGCAAAGUGCAUUUAAAACAAAGAUAUAUGUAUGUAGUGUUUUCGACAAUGGUUUUUAUGCUUUUUUCUAAACGUCUUGAUGAGCCAAACAUACAAUGUAUCCAGUUAUACUUGUCAUUUAGUUAGUUACGCGAAUAACAUGUAUCCAUGUACUUAUGUCUAAGCAAAUUCCUAUUUAUAUGCAUCUUAAUUUGUGAUUUAACCUCCCUUAAAAUUAUGUAAAUUUCUUUAUAAGUGAAAUAAUGUACACAAGACACCGCACACAAUAUACGAAGUUAUUAUAAAUUGUAAGUCCCCUGCCGCACCAUACCAUAUUAUAAAAGCAAACUGAAAGAA